AUGGAGUUCACUAGAGCUUCACAGGUUGCAACUGGAAUCAUCAUCCACUCCUCAAUGACUGGUGGAUACCUGCAUCUAUACACUUUCACUCUUAUUAUCAUCAUGGAGACCCGAACAGUGAGCAUGUUGCUGCUGAUUGUGUGUGCAGUCAUCAUCUUCACCGCCACCACCACAGAGGGAAGCAUCCCAGCAUGCUGUGUGGAACUUUCAAGGAACAUUUCCUGCAAGAUGUUAAAAAAAGUCAAAAAAUAUGACAUUCAGAAUGCUGGAGGCUCCUGUGAUAGCCGUGCCUUAAUACUCUAUUUGAAAAACAAGCCGUACUGCGCAGAUCCCAAGUUUCUUCCCAUCUUAGAGCUUCCAAAAAAGAACAGUCGCAACUGGCUCAAGCGCUGCAAAAAACUAAUGAGCAAAAUGUAAAGAGACACACAUAUCCUAAUCAUCACAUUAAUCUCUGUAUGUGAUGAUUCUCCAGGUUAACUUGUUCUUUAAGCUUUUGUAAAUUACACAAAUAAAUAUUAUAACCACUGCAUGCUUCAUUGCAAAGGCAUGUUGAUUUCUGUGUUUAGGUGUGCAGGAGUCUUCAGAUGUUCUUCAUGUACUUAGUAAAUAUCAGAAAGCACUUCUAUAUUUGGCAUUCCAGUUUUUGGUGAUGAAUCAACAACGGCUGUAAAAUAAUGGCACACCCUGAAAUGCCCUUUUUGUAAAUGUAUUUGAUGUAUGUACAUAUUUCCACUUAAAGUUUUCCGUGUUGUGCCAAGAACUCUGUUAUCUGAGCAAGAUGUGAAUAAAUGGACAAAUGAUA